AUGACGGACCCCCUUCUCUGGAAUUCAACGGACGACGCUAUCCGCAACUCGGAAAUCCAGGGAGAAAAGAGAGUUGGCGCAUCAAGACUGGACGUCAUGAUGCCAUCCAUCAUCCGGACUGCGAAUAGCAUGAACAAGACCCUCAACCUGUCAAGCGCCAGUGUGCACAGCCUGGACCCGAGUGCGAAUGCUACCACCACCUCCAUCUUUUCCCCGUCUCCGCGGCGAGCUGGCCGCUUGGCAUGA